AUGGCCGUUUGUGGCAAGUUGACCGAGGCUUCCGACGGCAGAAUCGGCACUAGUGCUUUGCUCGACAAGAUGCAUGCACCCGAGGUUCUGGAGCGCAGGAAGGCUGCUCAGGCUUUGAAUGAUGGCAGCCCAGAGAGCCUCGCGAAAAAAAUCGGUCUCGUCCCCAACAUUCCCACCAUCAUCGACUCGCUCCAGAAGAAGAAGAUAGACCAGGAUGAGGAGAUGCAGAUCCUGGUCGCUGCGGAGAAGGCGCUCCAAGACGAGGGUGCAUCGUCGUCGAAGGGCAUCCAGCCCUACAAGCGUCGCCGCAUCGUCAGCUCCGAGCUGAUGGGCAACACCAAGUACUACAUGGCAAAGACGUCCGACGUGCUUCACCCGGCCCUGGGCGAGCUGUCCUUGAGUACUCGAUCAUUCAAGAGACGCGUCACUCCCACCACAGUCGGCAACCGCCGCUUCGAUCUAAUCAGCUCCCUGUCCUCGUUCAACAUCCUCACGGCGGAGAUCGUCAAGUACCUCCACCCCCGCGAGGUCUUGACUCUCUACUCCAUCAGCCGUGUUUUCCACGCCACCUGGAACGCGAGCGAGCUCUCGUUUGCCCGAAUCAUGGCUAGCUUCGUCGACCCGGCCGCGGCCGUAGCCUUCCCCUGGGAGAUCUACAGGGACUAUCUCAUCCGGAACCCGAAGGGAUACAUUGAUAUUGACUACACCCAGCCCAGCUGGACUCGGGGCAGAGACAUUGACAAGCCCGAGGAGUGGGAGAAGAAGGUCUCGUCGUGUAGGGGUGUCUCUCUUGAUGCACAGAAUAGCCGUGCCGCGGAUCCAGGACUUGGGAAACCGGACAGCAGCGCCGCGGAGCCAGGACUCAAAACCGCCGUGCCUGCGAAGCCGGGAUCGAGGUUCUGCGCCGGCAUGGCCUGGGUCAACAUGCUGGCCCAGCGCGAGCGCCAGUCCCGGGACAUACUCGCCAUCAUGGCCCGCAAGGGCCACCGCGUGCCCCCAGACACGCGCUGGGUCCUGCGCAAGCUCUGGCUGCUGCUCGACUGCUCGACCAGCGACGACCGCGCCAGGCUCAUGGCGACCUGGAGCGACCUCGACCUCUUCCUGGCCGAGAUCUUCUUCAUCAAGCUGAGCAUGAUAUUCACCGACCCCAUCUCGGGCGGCGGCUCGACGGAUCUCACGGACCUGAUGCUCGGCCAGCCCACGGGCCUGCGCUGCCUCUGGCAGCUCCUGCGCCGCAAGCGCUUCAGGGCCGACUUGAUGGAGAUCCUCAGGCUGCAGCUGAUGUUCGAGCACGAGGUCACGCAGUCGGAGGCGCGGGGCAAGACGAUCCUGGGCAUCCCCGUGGCCCUCGUCGGCAUCGUGCACACCGAGGGCUGGGGCCACGGCGACAAGCACCUGAUGCAGCCCGCAGAGCUGGUGGCUAUCGAGAGCCUCCGGCGGGGCCUCGCGCUCGAGACCAAGGCCGCCGAGAUGAUGUCGUGGGGCCGGCGCGACCACGACAGCGGCCUGCAGCUGGUGCCAAAGCUCGAGGAGAUCUACAUGAGCGACGACGAGCUCGGCCCGGCCCCGGCGGGCAUCGACGGGCGCGCGGGCAACGUGCCCCUGGAGGCCAACGACUGGAUGCCGCACCACUGCAUGCGCGCCGUGUUCGACACCCUGUCGCCCGACGAGCAGCUCGCCGUCAUCGCCGUCGAGGAGGACGAGCUGCUCAAGGCCCAGGCCUGGCUCCCCGAGGACGACCUGAGCGACGAGGACGACGAGAAUGACGAUGAUGUCUAUGGCAAUGUUAUGGAUGGCUUCGGGGGUAGCGGUGACGGUGUCGAGGAUGAUGGAGACGAUGUCGAGGACAAUGGAGACGAUGUCGAGGAUAAUAUGGACGAUCUCGAGGAUGACGGAGACGACGAAUACGACUCGGACGAGGAUGACGACGACUGGGACGACGACAACGGUGGAGAUGGUGCUGCCAACCCCAACAUCCAAGGGCCGCCCGCCCCAGCACCGGCGGGCUCUGGUCUCCUUCAGAGCACGAUGGUCUCCUUCACCACACAGUUUGUGACUCUCCCAGCUCCCAACGUAGGCCCCGUUGCGAGCAGCAACAACACCAACGUCAACUCCGCCCCGCAGCACUCAGGACCCCAGAACCAGGCCGCUGGGGAUGCCCAGCCGAGCCCUAGCCCAGGUCAGUUUUUCGUCUCCUUCCAGAGCGGGGGUAACCCAGGAGGAGGAGGAGGCGGCACCGCCGCUGCAGUUCCUCAUGGCGGAACCGCCGGCUCCCAGGGCCUGCUUGGCCAGGACGACAGCGGCUGGGUCCACGGCCCGGAGACGGCCGAGUUUGGGACCCGCAACCAGGACGGCGCCUACAUGGUGCCCCGCGGCACCCCGAGCACCCGCCUCAGGUAUCACCAGCCGGCCCCGGCGCUCUGCGUGUCAAAAGAGGCACAGUCGCCAGGAGCGCCGCCGUGCGUCGGGACGAGCAUGCAGGAGACCGUCGAUCUGCACCUGGACGACUACAGCCAGAUCAUCGAGCAGUGGCAGGCCCGGCACGGCAGCGCGCGGGCCAUCGCGGCUCGCGCUGCCGCCGCUGCUGCUGCUGCCGCCGAGCCUUCGGUCGCUUCUCCGCGCAGGAUGGGCGCUGCUGUCCAGGGUAACAGCAGCGUGGGUACGCCUCUCAAUACUUUUGGAUCAUCGAUAAUGACUCCUGCGGCGCCCGACGGUGGUCCCAACCCGGCGUCGCCUACCGGUAGGUCCAAUGACCAGCAGGCGGAACCGCGGGAGGCCUCGUCUCCCCAAGACGUGGCCAUGGCGGACCCAUCCACCACGCCGCAGCAGGGGGAGGACUACGAUCCCGCGGCGGGGCUCCCAGACAGCAUGGACAUGAACAUCUUCGCGGUCGCCGUCGACUCCUACCACGAGAACGCCAAGUCGACAGACCUCAGACUCGACAACAAGUCGGCCGCCGCCGCCGCCGCCACCACUGCCACUCCUCUUUUGAGCCUCGUUGAGGGCAUGGAGCACGGCAACGGCGCGGGCGCGUGCGUAGGUAAGACGCCCGACCCGCACGCCCAACCGCAGGAGCAGCAGCAGGGUAAGGAGCCGUCGUCGUCGACCAACGAGCUUUACGACCCGUGGCCGACGGAUGACGACGGCGGCGACGACAACGACGAAGACGACGAAGACGACGACACGUCCAGCUCCGGCGACGACGACGCGGCAUCGGACGGCGGCGGCGGUCCGGGCAAGAAGCCCAAGACGAAAAAGAAGAAGCGGCGCAACCCCCAGGCGCUGGGCCGCAUCGUGCGCCAGCGCGAGCCCCGCGUCGAGGUACUGGACCACGUCGGCCGCAAGUGGGGCUUCAAGCACUCGGGCUCGGACUCGGACGUCGAGCAUAGGCAUGUUUAUGAGGAGUUGGACCCGGAGCAGACACCGUACGAGUACCGCCAGUACUAA